GAUCACGAGAUUAAUUCUUUUUUUAAAGGAAUUUGCAGAUCAUGAUGCAGUCCAAUUGUUACGGAGCUUGCAGCAACUUCUCUUUGUUGAAUGGUUAUAGAAGACGACCAUUGCCAUACACUAAUAUUUCAAUAUCUAAAGUCCUAACGAAAAAAAUAUCAGCAACGACAGGGAGUGUCUUCAAAUGGGCUAAUUCAGAAGAUAAUGAUUCUUCUUCACUUGCACUAACUCCAAAUUUCAUUCUUCCUGUUGAAAGAAGGCCGAACUUAACAGAAGUGUCUAAGUCAGUUCACAAAGUUCCUAUAAUUGACAUGGCAAGCGGGGAAUUAGAUAGCCAUAUUGAAGAGAUAGCAAAUGCGUGCGAGGAUUACGGACUUUUUCUAAUAAAAAAUCAUGGAGUACCGCAGGAGUUGUGUGAUAGCAUGUUAUCUGCUGCCACAGAUCUGUUCCACCUUCCUCCUGAAACAAAGGCUCUUCUUGUGUCUGAUAAUCCAGCUAAAGAUGUUCGAAUCUGUAAUCAUUAUCGCAAAGUAGAGGGCAAGGAUGACAAAAAGCCUCAGAGAUUUAGUAUGUGGAGUGAGCUUUUUAAACAUCCUUGGCACCCUACAGAUGAUAGUUUUGCAGCUCUUUUGCCAUCUGAUCCUCCAGACUACAGGAAGGUAAUUACUAUGUAUGCUGCGGAAAUUGGUAUCCUGAUGAGUCGGCUUCUGAAUUUGAUGUCGAAAGGCUUGGGAUUGGAGGGAAACUAUUUACAAGAUAGAUUAGGGAAGAAUCCGUUGUGCAGAGUUCAAGCAAAUUAUUAUCCACCUUGCACAAAUCCAGAUCUUACUCUUGGUAUGGGUGUUCACACUGAUAGAGAUGCAAUCACAAUUUUGCUACCAUCUCCAAAUGUGCAGGGUCUCCAGAUUAUGAAAGAUAACGAAUGCAUUGAUGUUGAUCCUGUUCCAAAUGCAUUAGUUGUUAAUAUAGGAGAUCAAUUGCAGGUUUUGAGCAAUGGAAAAUACAAAAGUGUGUUACACAGAGUUGUGACUAAUAGAUACCAGAGUAGAGUAUCACUGGCAAUGUUUUAUGGCCCAGACAAAGAUGCUGUUAUGGGUCCAAUUGAAGAUUUGAUUGACGAACAACAUCCUCCACUCUACAGGAAUUACUACUUCAGAGAAUUUCUUGAAGAGUUUCGAAAUCAAGAAGGGAAAAAUCGUAAAGUUAAAGAAUAUUUUGAAAUUUAAACUUUGUUUACAGUUAGAUUGACUUAGGGCCUGUUUGGCAAAACUAGCUAUUCCAGUAAUUGUUAAUUGUUGUAGUAGUUGUUGGGGUAGCUACUAGCUGUCUACUAAUAGCAAUUAGAGAUUAGUGUUUAAAGUAAUUGUUUAAUUAGGAGUAUUUGGCAAAAGUAGCUAUUGAGAUUAUAAAAUACAAUAAAUGACAUUCAUUGUAUAGAGUUUAUUCGCUAACCACUACCUAUAAAUCUCAUAUGUUAUUUGUAUUAA